AUGGAGCGCGUCGUCCUCAACAGACUCAACGGGUACCUCGAAAACAACGAGGUUUACACGUACAACAUGAUCGGCUUCCGCGCCAGACCCUCGACGCAGGAUGCCAUGAAACUAAUCACGCAUCAGAUCGUGGACGGCCGUUCUAGAGACGUCAUGGCUCUGCUCGGUCUAGACCUCGAUAAGGGCUUCGACAACGUGCUCCGCACCUUCAUCGUCGAGACCAUUUCGGACCUGGGUUUCGGUUCCAGAUUCCACAGCUAUGUCAGCUCUUUUCUAACGGACAAGAAGGCCACGCUGCGCAUCGGAGACUUACGCUCCGAAGAUGUGCUCCUCGGAGGACAGGGCACUCCUCAGGGCACCGUUAUCUCCCCCACACUCUUUAACAUCUGUAUGAUUGGUCUUUCCGAGAGGUUGGCACGUGUCGAGGACUUCAAGCAUACUAUCUACGCCGACGGCAGCACCAUCUGGUGCUCCGGCGGCUGCGAGGGUAGAGUUGAAGAAGCCAUGCAGGAGGCGAUCGACGUGAUCGAGAAGUAUCUCCGCCCCACCGGUUUCCGAUGCUCCCCCGCCAAGUCGGAGCUUCUGCUUUACAUAAAAGAGAAGGGAGGCAGACCCAAAGAUUGGAAGCCAGUCUCCGAAAGAAGCAUCAGUCUUCGCCCUUGCGACAGGGGGUGA